AUGGCUUCCUUAACAGGUGCUGCUGCUGUUUUACUAGCGUUCAUUUUAGCCUAUUCGACCGCGCUCACCAUUUACCGUCUGUUUUUCCAUCCGUUGGCUAGGUUUCCAGGACCAAGGCUGGCGGCGGCAACAAAAUGGUACGAGUUCUAUUUCGAUAUCAUCAAAUCACCAGGUGGUCAGUUCUUCAAAGAACUCAGUAGGAUGCAUGAUGUUUAUGGACCGAUUGUCCGGGUCAAUCCCGAUGAGAUUCACGUUCGAGAUGCAGCCUGGUUCGAAGUUCUGUACGCGCCCAACCCGACGAAACGCAACAAAUAUCGUCCUUCGGCGGAGAUGGCAGGACUGACCCUCGGAAUCCACGGCACAGUUGACCAUGACCUCCACCGACGACGACGGAUGGCGAUCGCCCCAAUGUUCAACAAACAAUCCAUUCUCAGUGCCGAACAUCUGAUCAAACAACAUAUCGACGAGCUGACCGAUGUUUUUGAGUCAUAUCUUGGGACCAACAAUCCAAUCAAUUUACAGACCACCUUCUUGGCCUACACUACUGAUGUCCUGUACCAUUACAUGUUUGAUACAGAUGCGGGCUACCAACGCGACUCGGGGGCCGCUCAGCAAUGGAGGCACUCGAUGGACGCUGUCGCGCAAGCUACCCCUUUCUUGAAACAAUUCCCCAGCCUCCUGUCAAGAGUAGCAUUAAUACCGCUUCCUAUGCUGAUAUGGGUUCUCAAGCGGAUUCAACCCGACGUUGCUGGAUUACUGGGCACACAUCAACUGAUGGCAAGCAUUGUAUCAAAAUACAUGGCAUCCAAACCCGAAGAGGAUCAAGACGAACUGAUAGCAACGAAGGCUGUCAAGCCCCGUACCUUAUUUCACGCGAUCGAAGCGAGCUCUUUACCACCUCACGAGAAGGCUCCCACUCGUCUGGCGCAGGAAGGUCUAACCGUCCUAUUUGCAGGUGGCGAGACAGGUUCACGUCUGCUUGCCCACACAGUAUACCAUUUAUUGAAGAAUCCCGAGAUUCUCGAGAAGGUUAGGAAGGAAAUCCUCGACGCUGCAGGAGACUCCAACCAACUGCCUGACAUGAAAGCUCUCGAGGCUCUCCCUUGGCUUACUGCCUCUGUCCGAGAGUCACUCCGCCUUAGAGCUGCGACUACGUCUCGAUUGCCGUUGGUCACCGAAAAGCCAUUGGCAUAUGCUGACUGGGUGAUACCGCCCAAUACCCCUGUUAGCAUGAGCCACGGAGAUAUUCUACACAAUGAAGACAUCUUCCCAGACCCUAUGAAGUUCAUGCCUUCACGGUGGUUCAAUGCGUCACCGCAGCAGAACCGCCUGUUCGUGCCUUUUGGUAAAGGAACCCGUAUGUGCGUUGGAAUGAACUUCGCCUAUUGUGAGAUAUACAUGAGUCUUGCCGUCAUUCUUGCUCGGUUUGAUUUAGAGCUAUAUGACACCAGAUGGGAAAGAGAUGUGCAUUACACUCGUGACUGCUUCCUAGGCGAACCAGACCCGGCCAGUCCGGGCAUACGGGUCAAGGUUGUUGCUGACCACAAGACAUUUACUCGUUCUUGA